UCUUGCAUCGCCGAACCUUCCAAGGUUCUUCAGAGUAAGGGCACGUGAAUUUACAUAAGCUGCCAAAAAUCGGGCUAUCAAGAGUGAGCUCGACGACGAUUUCGUUCCGGAGCACAUCUGAGAGCUUCAUUCAAGUCCACCUCACGACAGCAACAUGUCUCAACCAUCUCUCGUGAACUACAUCGUCAAACGACCAUGGCUGAGUAGGUUCAUGAAGCCAUUGGCCAGCUGGUACGCCAAUGCUGCAGGAUACAGGAAGUUGGGACUGAGAGCCGAUGAUUUGAUCCCUGAAGAGUCCGAGACUGUCCUCCUUGCUCUCAAGCGUCUUCCCCCGAAGGAAGCUUACGAUCGGGUCUUCCGUCUGCGAAGAGCUUUCCAGGCCUCUCUCGCUCACCAACUGCUGCCUAAGGAGCAACAGACCAAGCCAGAGGAGGAUGUCGAAUACCUAUCACCCAUUAUCAGAGAAAUUGAGGCUGAGGCAAAGGAGCGUGAUGAUUUGGAGUCGUUGUCGCUCAACAAGCGAAAGGCAUAGACAAUAGUAGGGGGGAAAUGUACAAUGAAGCAAGGGUUCGAGGGGCACUUUAGAGGCAUCGUUGAUGUCAAGGCUGUAUGUAUAUGAGGACGAAUCGAAUUAACAACUCACAAAACCGAGAUUAUGAUUUCAUCACGAGUGAUUUGCUCUAUUGGAUCGUCUUAAGACUCAACCAAUCGCUGGAGAGUCAAAGCCAUCUCAUCUAUUAGAUACUCUAAUAAGUGUGCCUGCAGAUCUAGUCUGGCUUUAUACACUGAUAGGACCGCCCACCUUUUUCACGAACGAGUUGGAAGUGGAAUUCAGGUGGGAUAUGUCACAACUGCUGUGGCUCAAAUAUUCCCUUGUCAAGACCUAUGUCCCCCGAUGUACUUUCCUGGUUAGUUAUUUCAGAAAUUAAGUAAGCAACA